UGAUUCCCUCGCCGCACCGGGCUGACAGCAGAGCUGCACAGGUAGCCAGCAGUAACGCUGCGGGCUCCCGCUAGUCUUAUCUAGCGACACUUCCCCUCUCUGCUUGACGCGACAGAAGUGUGUGUGUGUGUGUGUGUGUGCGCGUGUGUGUGUGAGGAGCCUAGGCGAAUCCAUCCUGUAUCAUCAUCACCAUCAUCAUAGCCCGCUCAGGUCACCUUAGCGCUUCCCUACCGGCAUUUUUCAUCCACCGUCUCCGAAGAUGAUACCCGGCAAGCGAAGAGCUGCAGUCAUGUCCUUCUCGAUGGCGAUAUUUGGAACACUGAUGCUGCAAUCCGUUUCUUCCCAGAACGAGCCAUCAAUUUCUGCCUCUGAUCAAACCACAAUUAAUGGGGACGUUGACAGUAUCACACUGCAGUGCAACCUGACCAGCGCCUAUGAAACCCAUCAGGAGAGCUUCUGGAUGAAGAAUGGGGAAGAAAUCCAGCUAACUCGUGGCCCAGACAAGAACACUGAGUACAAGCUGAACAGACCAAGAGCAGAAGAUGCCGGCGUGUACAUGUGUGUCUACACCUUCAACAUGGGUCCUUCUGCCAACGCCACCAUUGAAGUGAAAUCUGCUCCUGUAAUCACAGGCCACAAGCGCAGUGAGAAUAAGAAUGAGGGCCAGCUUGCUGUCCUCUACUGUAAGUCUGUGGGCUACCCUCACCCCAUCUGGACCUGGUACAAGUUCGACAAUGGUGCUUUUAGGGAUAUCGAUAACUCGUCUGGCCGCUUCAUCAUCACCAGCAGGGACAACUACACCGAGCUCCACAUUAUCAACCUGGACAUUAACUUGGAUCCAGGCGAGUACAUGUGCAACGCCACCAAUAUCAUCGGCAACAACACCGAGAAGUCUGUGUUGCGGGUUCGCAGCCUGUUGGCCCCCUUAUGGCCUCUUCUAGGAGUUUUGGCUGAGAUCAUCAUCCUGGUCGUCAUCAUUGUUGUGUAUGAGAAGCGUAAGAAGCCAGAAGAUUUACAAGAUGCUGGACCAGUGAAAACUAAUUCGACCAACAAUCACAAGGACAAGAAUCUCCGUCAGAGGAACACAAACUGAGCAGCCUGUCUGCUGAGUCUCAUUAUACAUGUAUUGACCAUAUGAAGGUAAACAAGAGGGGACUCCAUUACCAGUUGUUAAAUUGGAUGUAUCUGCCAUUAAAGUACGGUUGUGGGCGAUUUAAAUGAGGCAUGCCUUAUGAUUUAUUUGUGUGCGGAUGUGAGUCAAGGAAGUACUCAAACCAUUAUAGAGUUGUUAACAUUAUAUCCAUUGUUGCUGCAUGCAGUUGUUGACGUUUUGAUUUUUUUUUUUUCUUCUUCUUCUUCUUAUCCACUAAUUUGACAUUUUUACUGCUUCUAAAGUAAUGCAUGCAAGAUGUUGACCUUCUGUUUGAUACAGAAAUGGCUUUUUUUCUAUGGGAGUGACUUCAUGUAGAAAAUCUGUACUGUGAAAAACAAAACUCAGCAAUUUAAAAGAGAAGAUCAUUACAAUCUGGUAUGACAGAUGUGUACAGUUUUCAUUCCGCUGCAUACCAUUCAUUUUAUCGGACAGUAAAUAUCACAUUUUAAGGGCUUUGCAGUGUCCCUCUAAAAUUGGUUAAGGUUUACUUUAUUGUAUGUAUGUAUUGUAUGUAUUAAAUCACCAUAGCUAUGUAUCAGAUCACCAUAGUUAUAAAUACUAUUCAUAUUAUAUGAUGCACUUAAAUGUUGAGAAUAAUGAAAAACUGUAUAAACCCACUUCAGAAAAAUCUGUAUUAAUUAGUUUUAACAUAUUAUUUUAUAAUUAUGUGUAUUGUACAGCAUGGCUAUUAUCCUAUGCAAUUAUUAUCCAUAUCAAUAUAUUGAAAAUCAUUGCAGCUUCUGAUUUCUCUGUGACAAAGCUUUAAACUAGUAGGAUCACCGUAGAGCGUCAAUGGCAUACUACACAGCUGCAUGAGUUCUCAACAGCUUGCGUGGGAAGGAGUGACAGAAAGUCCACGUCAGAGCUGACACAUGUGAAGAAAUUCCAAGAUCUCCAGUCAUUUUUAAGAAUAAAUAUAUCAA